GAGGCAACUCCGGGAUGCUGGCCUUCUAGGCAGAGUUACAAAGAAAAAGACAUAUCUCAGACUGGCCAAUAAAAAGAAAAGAUUAAGAUGGGCAAAAGAACACAGACACUGGACAGAGGAACUCUGCCUAGAAGGCCAGUAUCCCAGAGUCGCCUCUUCACUGUUGACGUUGAGACUGGAGUUUUGCGGGUACUAUUUAAUGAAGCUGCCAGUUGACUUGUGAGGCGUCUGUUUCUACAACUAGACACUAAUGUACUUGUCCUCUUGCUCAGUUGUGCACCGGGGCCUCCUAAUCCUCUUUCUAUUCUAGUUAGAGCCAGUUUGCGCUGUUUUGUGAAGGGAGUAGUACACAGUGUUGUACGAGAUCUUUGGUUUCUUGGCAAUUUCUCGCAUGGAAUAGCCUUCAUUUCUCAGAACAAGAAUAGACUGAAGAGUUUCAGAGGAAAGUGCAUUGUUUCUGGCCAUUUUGAGCCUGUAAUCGAACCCACAAAUGCUGAUGCUCCAGAUACUCAACUAGUCUAAAGAAGGACAGUUUUAUUGCUUCUUUAAUCAGGACAACAGUUUUUAUCUGUGCUAACAUAAUUGCAAAAGGGUUUUCUAAUGAUCAAUUAGCCUUUUAAAAUGAUAAACUUGGAUUAGCUAACACAACGUGCCAUUGGAACACAGGAUUGAUGGUUGUUGAUAAUGGGCCUCUGUACGCCUAUGUAGAUAUUCCAUUAAAAAAUCAGCCGUUUCCAGCUACAAUAGUAAUUUACAACAUUAACAAUGUCUACACUGUAUUUCGGAUCAAUUUGAUGUUAUUUUAAUGAACAAAACAUGUGCUUUUCUUUAAAAAACAAGGACAUUUCUAAGUGAUCACAAACUGUUGAACAGUAGGUUAAGUAUCUUACACAGACACACACAGACACACACACCGUGAAUGGUCAUUAAUCUGGUAGAACCCCAUAUUUUCAGUUGACUUCACAGAGGAAGCUGUGAUUGUGAUGUGACUUCCUGUCUACAGGGUCAUCAUCUCAGUUCCCCUCUCUGUUCCCCUUUCUAGGCUUUCCCAUGGAGGUGAAGGAACGUCUCUGUAUUGUGGUAGUGAGGCAGUGUGUCAUUGUGUUUGUAUGUGUCAGUGCAUGUGCGGAUGUGUGUUCACUCACCUAUAUGCAUAAACCUUUUAUUGUUUAAAUCAACAUCCCUAAUCUUCAGUUCUGUACGUUAAUUCAGCCACCACCUGUACCUUCAAUGAUCUAGAACUUCAAAUGCUUCUGCUUUUUUAAAAUCCCACUUCUGGAAAUAACAACAAUGCACUCUGCUUUUAAACAGCCAACGUCUAGUUACUAACGGGAUGCAUUUCAAUGUGUAAACAACUGUAAUCGAGCAUCAUGUCAAUAGAUGUUUUGAGGAAGCUCGUUCAACCAAAAACAUGUGGUCUUUCAUGGGUUCACUUCAACGGCCAUCUCUAUUGUGAUGUACAGUUGAAGUCGGAAGUUUACAUACUGUCACGUUCUCCAAAAUGAGCGGACCAAGGCGCAGCGUGAAUUGAGUUCCACAUCUUUUUAAUACAAAGUGAAACUAGAAACAAAACUACAAAACUACAAAGAACGUGAAGACGUAGUGCCCAAACACACUAACACAAACAAUAUCCCACAAUCCAGGUGGGAACAAUGGAGAACUUAAGUAUGAUCCCCAAUUAGAGACAACGAUAAUCAGCUGCCUCUACUUGGGAACCAUGCCAAGCUCACCAACAUAGAAAUAGGAAAAAACUAGAACACCCCCCUAGUCACGCCCUGACCUACAACACCAUAGAGAACCAAGGGCCCUCUAUGGUCAGGGCGUGACACAUACACCUUAGCCAAAUACGUUUAAACUCAGUUUUUCACAAUUCCUGAUAUUAAAUCUAGUAAAAAUUUCCUGUCUUAGGUCAGUUAGGAUCACCACUUUAUUUUACGAAUGUGAAAUGUCAGAAUAAUUGUAGAGAGAAUGAUUUAUUCCAGCUUGUAUUUCUUUCAUCACAUUCCCAGUGGGUCAGACGUUUACAUACACUCAAUUAGUAUUUGGUUGCAUUGCCUUUAAAUUGUUAACUUGGGUCAAAUGUUUUUGGUUAGUCUUCCACAAGCUUCCCACAAUAAGUUGGGUGAAUUUUGGCCCAUUCCUCCUGACAGAGCUGGUGUAACUGAGUCAGGUUUGCAGGCCUCCUUGCUCGCACACGCUUUUUCAGUUCAGCCCACACAUUUUCUAUGGGAUUGAGGUCAGGGCUUUGUGAUGGCCACUCCAAUACCUUGACUUUGUUGUCCUUAAGCCAUUUGGCCACAAUUUUGGAAGUAUGCUUGGGGUCAUUGUCCAUUUGGAAGACCCAUUUGCGACCAAGCUUUAACUUCCUGACUGAUGUCUUGAGAUGUUGCUUCAAUAUAUCCACAUAAUGUUCCUGCCUCAUGAUGCCAUCUAUUUUGUGAAGUGCACCUGGCCCUCCUACAGCAAAGCACCCCCAACACAUGAUGCUGCCACCCCCGUUCUUCACGUUUGGGAUGGUGUUCUUCGGCUUGCAAGCGUCCCCCUUUUUCCUUCAAACAUAACGAUGGUCAUUAUGGACAAACAGUUAUAUUUUUGUUUCAUCAGACCAGAGGACAUUUCUCCAAAAAGUACGAUCUUUGUCCCCAUGUGCUGUUGCAAACCGUAGUCUGGCUUUUUUAUGGCGGUUUUGGAGCAGUGGCUUCUUCCUUGCUGAGCGGCCUUUCAGGUUAUGUCGAUAUAGGACUCGCUUUACUGUGGAUAUAGACACUUUUGUACCUGCUUCCUCCAGCAUCUUCACAAGGUCCUUUGCUGUUGUUCUGGGAUUGAUUUGCACUUUUCGCACCAAGGUGCAUUCAUCUCUAGGAGACAGAACGCGUCUCCUUCCUUAGCGGUAUGACGGCUGCGUGGUCCCAUGGUGUUUAUACUUGCGUACUAUUGUUUGUACAGAUGAACGUGGUACCUUCAGGAGUUUGGAAAUUGCUCCCGAGGAUGAGCCAGACUUGUGGAGGUCCACAAUUAUUUUUCUGAGGUCUUGGCUGAUUUAUUUUGAUUUUCCCAUGAUGUCAAGCAAAGAGGCACUGAGUUUGAAAGUAUGCCUUGAAAUAGAUCCACAGGUACACCUCCAAUUGACUCAAAUGAUGUCAGUUAGCCUAUCAGAAGCUACUAAAGCCAUGACAUAAUUUUCUGGAAUUUUCCAAGCUGUUUAAAGGCACAGUCAACUUAGUGUAUGUAAACUUCUGACCCACUGGAAUUGUGAUACAGUGAAUUAUGAGUGAAAUAAUCUGUCCGUAAACAAUUGUUGGAAAAAUUACUUGUGUCAUGCACAAAGUAGAUGUCCUAACCGAUUUGCCAAAACUAUAGUUUGUUAACAAGAAAUGUGUGGAGUGGUUGAAAAGCAAGUUUUAAUGACUCAAACUUAAGUGUAUGUAAACUUCCGACUUCAACUGUAUGUAGUGAGUCAUUUCUUCCUGUUGCAACAGAGAGCUACCCUGCUUCCAGGUCUGUGUGUGCUGUCUUGCCAAACAAUGACGAUAUGAGUUGGGCCUGACGGCACAAAGUGAUUAGGGACCAGCCUAACAAGGAGCUACCGAAGCCACAGAUCUGUGUGUGGUGAUGAUGUUGAUGCCAUGGCAUACCUGGAAAGCCAAUAUUUUCUACACAGGACAUGGCAGGAGUUUAAUGAGUGGAUAGCUAGUACACAAGCAUACUGUGAAUUGUCCAUUUAAAACUCAAACAGCUGUGUCCUUGUAAUCUAUUGUUUUUCCAUUUUACAACUCAUGACCAGUUCCUCGUUCUGCAGAAGAUCCUCUUUUCGCAAAAUAAUAGUCCCUCUUGUGUGAGUGUACCUACUUCCUCUCUGGCUGCUCGGGUCACAUGAUGCAGAAGUGCCUGGUCAGAAGUGCCUCCAAUACAAAGCUAUUUAAGUCAGGACUUGUGGCACUGCCCACACACUACCAGUGGGGAGACUACCUACACACUACCAGUCGGAAGACUGCCUACACACUACCAGUAGGAAGACUGCUAACACUCACUAGCAGUGGGAAGACUGCCCACAUACUACCAGUGGGAAGACUGCUAACACUCACUAGCAGUGGGAAGACUGCCCACAUACUACCAGUGGGAAGACUGCCUACAUACUACCAGUGGGAAGACUGCCUACAUACUACCAGUGGGAAGACUGCCUACAUACUACCAGUGGGGAGACCUAGAGAAGGAUAUGGAUAUCAAAGAUUCACCUGUGAAGGGGGGUAUCUCUAUACUUCACACAGAGGAGGAUGGGAAACACCACUAUGAAGUGGAGAAGAUCCUCAAGUUCAAGAACGGAGGAGGAGCCUUCGCCAGAGAAGGAGACAAGCUCCUGACGAUCAAUGGAGUGGCCCUACAGGAUCUAUCCCCAGAGGCCUUCGCCAAGAUUCUGACGGAAGGAAACCCCAUGUUGACUGUCCACCAAGCCAGCAGGGCUCCUCCACCAGAGAGAUGCCCAGAGGGGGCUGAGGCCAGGGCUCUCCACCCGGUCUCCAAGGAGACCACCAUGCUCAGCUUCAGCCUGGAGAUGAGACGAGAGGACGACCUGGAUGACCUGGAGAGGGAAGACCUCACAGAAGAGGAUGACAACAAGGCUGAUGGUGAGGUUGACGAUCUGUUCCUGGUUGCCAUGACGAACACCAGAAUCUCCGUGGUGAGGGGGCGUGGCUGCGGUGACGGGAGCUCUUGUCACAACUGUGGCAAGUCGGAUUGUAACUUCAACGAGGUUGUCAUGGUCGCAGAGUCCAGCAAAGUCACCUUGCUGUCACGAGGAAUGGGCAACUUGGAAAAAGUACAACAGUUGGACAACAUCUUUAUUGAAAACUAUUUAUACCACAUGUACCUUCGGCGUAAACUUACACGUAAGAUGUGGAGUAUUCCUAGUUUGUCAGCAACUCCAGAGAAGAUCACCAUCUAUCACUACAAGUCUGACUGUGUGGACGGAGAGUUUCGGGGGGUCCCUGUGGUCCUCAACUUCACCAGCUCUAACUGUUUCCUCAAGUGUGUUAAGGACGGAGAGAGAGUCUCUCUCUGUGUUGAGGCUUGUGACCAACACAGACUGAAAAGCAUCAGGAAGGAUGAUGAGGAGAUCCAGGCGUUUGUCUUCUACAUGAAGGCUGAAAUGAGCAAACAGCGCCGGUUUGAGUCCGCCUACUGCCAGGGCUGGUUCAUCCACACUCCUAACGAGACUAAAGUAGUUUUGGGGAAACCCCAGGGGAUGACAGGGGACCAGUCAUUCUUCUUUGUCAUCCAUAAAUGAUGAAGAGGGUUUGUUGUUUCUGCAUGUUAUGUUACUCUAUGUAGUUUAUUUUAUACCGUCAUUUUAUACCACCAUUUUAUACCACCAUUUUAUACCACCAUUUUAUACCAUGUCAUUUGUAUUUUUUUAUUGAUCCCAUGAGUCCCUGGAAAACGAUGAUGAUUGCUGAGUGGACUAUACUGGCUACCAUAAAUGUGCUGUAGAUGAAUUGAAUGUAGAGAAACAGAGCCCAGGAAAAGUAUGGGGGUGUACUGAUAUUACAAUACGUAUGUGUAAUACAAUAAUGCAGCAGUGACCUGCUAUUCUGCUAUUGCAGAGAGAAGUAGCUAUGUAUCAUACACAAAUAAUUAGCAUUUGUUUGUAUUUUUCACUUAUUGAUAGUUUAGUCAGAUGAGUAAUGCUUUUAUAUUCUUUUUCUGUGACUUAAGUAUUUUUAUUUAGAAUAAAAUGUAUUCUAAAACUCUACAAA